AUGUCAGCUGUUGGAGAUCGGGAUUUUAUACUGGAAACAAUGCAGUGGGGGUCGACCCUGAUGUUGCAUAUUUCCCGCUGGAGUGAGGAUCUUAUUAUCUACAGCACAACUGAAUUUGGGUUUGUCCGGUUGUCGGAUGCCUACACGACGGGAAGCUCCUUAAUGCCGCAGAAGAAGAACAGUGACUCCCUUGAGCUCCUGCGAGGCAAAUGUGGUAGAAUAUUCGGUGGCAUGGCCGGUCUCAUGAUGACCAUUAAGGGAAUUCCUUCGACAUACAACAAGGACCUGCAAGAAAGCGUCGAGCCACUCCUCGAGCACAUCAAGACUCUAAAGGACAGCUUACUCAUCGCAGCCCGUGUGUUGUCAACCCUAACUGUAUUCCCCAACAAAAUGCUCGAGGCAUUGACUCCCGAUAUGCUGGCCACUGAUCUGGCGGAAUAUCUUGUUCGAAAAGGCGUUCCCUUCCGCGAAACCCACCACAUCGCCGGCCGCGUUGUGGCGCUUGCAGAAAAAGGGGGAACCCCCAUGGACAAACUGACUAUUGCACAGCUACAAGCUGUUGACAACCGGUUUGGCAACGAUGUGUUGGAAGUGUUUAAUUAUGGACGGUCUGUGGAGAUGAAGUCGGCUAUUGGCGGGACGAGCAAGUCCGCUGUUCUGGAGCAAAUUGUGACGCUGCGCAAGGCCCUUGGAGGGGCAUGGUAG